AUGAUUGCAUCUAUAGGUAAUCCUGAACCUGAAUAUACUUUUACUAGACAUAAUGUUGGUCAUUUUGCAUUAGAUAAAUUGAUAGAAGAUCAUUGGACGAAUUUUAAAAGUUUUACUAAACAUAGAAAUUUAUCAAGAGGUGUUUAUAGUGUUUCCAAUGAUUCGAACAUGUCCAACAUAUUAUUAUUCAAAUCAAAUGAUACUUUAAUGAACUUACAAGGAGAUCCCAUAUUCACCAAUUGGAGAAAUGUCAAAAGAAUGCAAACAAAUAAUUAUAGUCCAGCAUUGGUAAUCCUUCACGAUGAAAUACAAUUACCUUUAGGUAAAAUCCAAAUAAGAAAACAAGGUACUAGUGCACGAGGACAUAAUGGAUUAAGAUCAAUAGACUCCAUCAUGGGUAAAGAAUAUACAAAGAUAAGUAUUGGUGUAGGUAAACCUCCAAAUAAGUUUGUUGCUGACUAUGUUCUUGCUAGAUUUAAACGACCCGAAAUUGAAACUUUAACUUAUGAUGUCAUGCCACAAAUUGUUGAAGUACUAGAAGAAAUGAUGAAGGGGAAAUAUAUCUAUGAAAAGUCUAAGUAG